AUGAAGCAGAAGGAAGACAUAACCAAGUCCUUCCAAGGCCCGACUGUUGUGUGCAGGACUCUGAACAAUCAUGUUUACAUGUUUCAAGAUGGCAAUGGGGACUCAGGUGACUCCUCUGAGGAAGAAACAAGACACGUCCUGCGGCCCCAGAGCAGAGAGUGCCGCUGGGACUACACCCACCACCCUUGUCUGCCAAGAGCCACCAGUGUUGUUCUGCUGCAGCUGCAGCUGACCCAGGAGGACAGCCUCAACAGGCUGGUGCUGCAGUAUGGCUGCAAAGUGGCAGGUAUCAAGAAAGUAAACAACUUCAUCCAAGAACAGGACUUAUAUGCUUUAAAAUCUGUUAAGAUUCCCAUGAAAACCUAUGGGAUCCUAACAGAGACCCACAACAGGCUACACCCCCUCCUGAUCCCAUCCUCAGAGACCAGGGUGACCUGCGUGGAGCUGCUUGACCCGGGUCAAGCUGGUGCUGGUGUCCAGUCCAGCCAGCUGACGGAUUUCUUUAAGGAGAUUGAUUAGAAUAUUGAGAGUGUGGUACAGUCGGAACUCUUUCUGCAUAAAAGUUCCUGUGUUGAGACUUCUAGUCAGCUGCUGUUGCCUGCUACUCUGAAGAGGCCAACAGAUGGUACAGACUGUGGAAUCCAGUGGUGGAAUGCUGUUCUCAUCAUGCUCUUGGUUGGGAUUGUUUUGCCAGUGUUUUAUUUAGUCUGUUUUAAAAUACAAGCUACUGGUGAGACACCAAGUAGUUUGAAUACAACUACUGUCGCUAAUGGCUCAGUAGGCACUGGGAAAGCUGUCAAAUUAGCAAUGCUGGUUCCUGCCACCAUUUCCUCAGAUAACCAUUUUGGUUGCCCCAUCUGUGCAGCAUCCUGGCCAUCUCUUAAAGGUGCAGUGUUUUCUCUGACUGAUGGAUGA